GGGCCCAGAAGGGGGUGUGUCAGGGAACCCGGGAGAAGAAGUAAAGCGGGGCGGGUGGGGGGAGGGAGCCCGAUAAUGGCGGCCAGGAGGAGAGAGCUCCGCGGCAGCUCUGAGACACCUUGACCUUGAAGAUGGUGAGUAGCCAGCCAAAAUACGAACUAAUAAGAGAGGUUGGUCGUGGCAGCUAUGGUGUGGUAUAUGAAGCAGUAGUAAGGAAAACCUCUGCACGUGUUGCAGUGAAGAAAAUUCGGUGUCAUGCUCCGGAGAACGUAGAACUAGCCUUGCGUGAGUUCUGGGCACUUAGUAGUAUUAAAAGCCAACACCCAAAUGUAAUCCACUUGGAAGAAUGCAUAUUGCAAAAAGACGGCAUGGUUCAGAAGAUGUCCCAUGGUUCCAGCUCUUCGCUUUAUUUACAGCUUGUAGAGACCUCCUUGAAAGGUGAAAUUGCCUUUGAUCCCAGAAGUGCCUACUAUCUUUGGUUUGUGAUGGAUUUUUGUGAUGGAGGUGAUAUGAAUGAAUACCUUCUAUCCCGAAAGCCCAGCCGUAAGACCAACACUAGUUUUAUGCUUCAGCUUAGCAGUGCUCUGGCUUUUCUGCACAAAAAUCAGAUCAUUCACCGCGACCUCAAGCCUGACAACAUCUUGAUCUCUCAAAGCAGGAUGGAUGCUAGUGACCUGGAACCUACUUUGAAAGUAGCUGACUUUGGCCUAAGCAAGGUUUGUUCAGCAUCAGGACAAAAUCCCGAAGAGCCUGUGAAUGUAAAUAAAUGUUUUCUGUCUACAGCUUGUGGCACAGACUUCUACAUGGCUCCUGAAGUUUGGGAAGGUCACUACACUGCCAAAGCAGACAUUUUUGCCUUGGGGAUUAUAAUCUGGGCAAUGUUAGAAAGGAUCACUUUCAUAGACACAGAGACAAAGAAAGAACUCUUGGGCAGUUACGUAAAACAAGGGAGUGAGAUUGUACCUGUUGGAGAGGCAUUGCUGGAAAAUCCAAAAAUGGAACUACUCAUACCUGUUAAGAAAAAGAAAAUGAAUGCUUGCAUGAAACAGCUGAUUAAAGAAAUGCUUGCUGCUAACCCACAAGAUCGGCCAGAUGCUUUUGAACUAGAACUCCGGUUAGUCAAAAUUGCUUUUAAAGACAGCAGUUGGGACACGUGACUUCUGAAGUACUUUGCCUUUUUGGCAGAAAUGUGUGUAACAAUGGUGCAGCAUUUUAAACAAGCAAAAACCAGACUAACCCACAUGUUAUGUGUCAGGGUUCCAUGUGUUUUCCCCAUUGCAUUUCUCUUUAUUUUUGUACGCUAAGCAAAAGGUUGCUCUUCUUGUUUCAGUAUCCAAAUAUGUAUAUUCCCAAGCUACAUCUGUAAAAAGCUUUCCAACUUGUCAGGAAAAUUAACAAGUUAGGCAAUACUUUUGCAGGAAUACUUUAUGGAAUAUUUCAAACAUUCCAAUUUCUUACUGUAGAAUCUUGAAUGCCCUUGAAGGAGAAGACUUGCAUGCUGGUAAUGCAAAUCAUCAAUCAACUUUGUAGAGUAAAUGUGUAUAUAUUUAUGUCACAAUGGGUGAUGUAACCCCUUCCAAUAUGGAAAAAGUAUGUUCCAAAUUUAUAGAAUUGAAUGACUGUGACACAUUCUUUGAUGCCCCAGCCUCUGUGUCCAUUCCCUUUUCUUCCCCUUAAAACAAUGUGAUGACACAAAAUGAGGUCUACAGUAUGAUGCACAAGAACCUCUGAUUCAAGCAAUGAAGAGAAAAUCUUAAUUUGGAAGGUUGCAUUUGUUUGGAAGGUUGUAUUAAAUAAGUUGAUGGCUCAUUCCAGUUGAGGUGCCAACACUUUGUUGUGACACAUUUAGCUAUGUUUUUCAAGGAUAACCAAAUGAUCAUAUGAUAGACCCAGAGUUACUGGUCACAGCUGUAUUUUAUAUUUGACAUUAAGUCUUAUUUGAAUUCAGGAUUAUUAUUUUUAAAGGAAGAUUUUUAAAAAAUAUCUUCAACUAUGGUUCCCUCAAGAUUUAGUUUGUUGUCCGGCAGAGAUUUAUUACCCCGCUUCCCCAUGCAGUUUGGGUGAAAAUUAUAGAAAAUUGGGCACUUUUUUCUUAACACAUGUACAGAGAGUGGCAUGUAUAAUUAGUUCAACCAGAAGCCUAAAUGUUCAUUCCAUUACCAUUGUGCCACACUGAUGUGACAUUACUACUAUUGCCCACUGGAGUCUGUACUGCUAAAGUGAAUCCCCCCCCCUUUUUUUCCCCCAUCCGAAGCACUCAGCAAACUGCUUCUCUCCCAGGCUACUUGGUUUGCAGGUUGCAGCAUCUUGUUCAUACAUACAGUUAAAAAGAAUUGAAAACCUGGUACAGUAAACAAAUGAAAACUCAAUUUAUGAGUAAAUAGGUAAAUUUCAUGAGAGGAAAUAGUGUAGUACACGUCUUCAGUGUUGUCAGAAACAUUUUAUUGAACAGGUUGAAACUGUCGUGAUGCCGUCAGCUACAGCACAGAAACCAGAAAGUGAACUGCCCUAUGUUUUUUUACAAGAAGCACUGUAGAAAUUAUGUUUUAAAAUCCUUAUUUGAUAUGCCUAGAAUCUGAAAAGUAGAUAAGAAAAUAUAUUUGUUUAUUCCUUAGCUGCUAUGUCCAUAUUGAACAAGGGGACAUUCAAGGGGAUAUAUUUCUAAAACUUGAAAAAUACUUUUUUUUGGUUCAAUGUAGUUAUCAGUGAUGUAGUAUCCUUUGCUUGCUAAUAGGAAGUAGGUCUCACAGAAUUCAGUGAGGUAAGAUAUGCAUAGAAUUAUUACUUUAAUAAGUAUGCAUAUGAUUGUUACUUUAAUAGUAGAUACAAUUUUGGAAAAAUUCAAUUUUGUUUUUUUUUGCUAAAAUAACAAAUAAAUGUCACGUUAACUCAGAGAUAUAUUUUAAGAGAAUUUCAACUAGGGUAGCAUAUGUCUGGCUUGCAGUGCUAAAUUGUUUUAGCUGAGAAUCCAGGUAAUGUUCGUCCUUUAACUGAGAGGAUAAGACAAGGGCUUGACUUAUAUACAUUUAGAGUAUCAAUGUUUCAAAGUAAAGUUCAUUCUUUAAAGCACCGUUCGUGCCUUUAGAGACAAGAUUGCAUUGUGGUUAUCCUGUGGUUAAUGACAUUGUAUCUCCCAUCAGCUGAACAGUUACAUAAUAUUUGUGUGAAACAAAAAGAAUAUGAGUGCAGGAUCUUGACAGUCCUUAUGUAUUAGAAGAACCAGCAACUCUCAACCACAUAUGUCAUAACUAGUCUGAUUACUACAUACAGUUUCUUGGCACAUAACAAGUCUUUCAGAUUUUUGGAUAUAUUAUGUGGUGUACUUUUUAGUGCAGUGCAGAAGCUGCAAAUAGAGCAAAUUAUAUAUUGCCUAGUAACACAGUUAAUGUUAAAAGUGCACUUGUUUCUUAUUUUUAAAAGUUGGGGAAACUUCCCUGGUCAUUUUUGUUCAUGGUGCUUAGUAUGUUGGCAUUGAAUGCCAACUUGAUUGUUCCAUUUAUUACAUACUGAAUAAUUGUUUCUUAAAAUCUCUGUGUGUGAUUUUUGUUGUUGCUUGUGUUUGGUUUGCUUUCCUGUAAAAUCUUUGAAACCAAUUGUAGCAGUCACAGAACAAUCCACCAGCAUAACAUAGAAUAAAAAAUAACUCAUCAGCACUUCAAAAGAGAAAGGAAUUUCAAAACUUUCUGUUAUAAAUUGUAAAUUUUAUUUUGUUGAAAAAAUUAUUAAGGGGAAAUUAUUGUGUAAUUUAUUGAGUUCAUGACUUUUUUAAAAAAAAUAAAAAUAAAAGUCCAAA